AGAAGAACGGGGGACGUGCGACCAGCUAGUUUCCCAGGACAGCUAAAAAGGGACCAGAGUGCAGAGAGAUCUGUGUUCUCGCACCAGAUGACAUACACGGAACGGGAACUCAGCGAGUGCUCUUUUCAGUGGAGAAAGUAGUGUAGUAGGAGAAAGGACUCACAUCUCAACCUCGACAUGAAGUGUUACUUCCAGGCUUUGUUCAUUGGACUCUUUGUCAGUAGCGGAUUUGGGGAGAUUUCCAGCUCUGUGGUGAAAUGUACGAAGGCGAAAGGAGCCACUUGUGUCAUCAAAUCGCUUCUAACAGUUGACAGUGAGCUACCGGAUUUGUCCAAACGAACCACAGUGCGCAUAUUGGAAGGAUCACUGUCCAAUCUUACUGUGAAACUGGCAGAAAAGCUUCCAGUACGCAUCCUGUGGUUGGAAGGAUUAGAUAUUCAGAGCGUUUAUGUUGCGCCCCACUUUGAAGAGCUGCGGCUGCGUAAUAACAAGCUGGUCACGCUUGAAACAAGUGCUUCCAGCAGCAGCUACGCACUGAAAGUGCUUGAUGUAAGCAAAAAUCUACUUAACAAUGCUACCCAGCUGGCUCCACUCCACGGUCUGGAGGAGUUGUACCUAGACGAGAAUCGGUUCACCGAGCUCAGUAUGGCUGUGUUCGAGAAAAUGCCACUGCUGCGCGUACUAUCCGCAGCACGGAAUGGGUUAGUCAAACUCGCACCGCCCACUAGCGCGCUGGUGCUGAAUGAUCUGACCACACUGUCACUAGCCCACAACCGCUUGGCUUCGGUGUCGAUGGAAAACUGGCAGCUGCCUUCGCUGCAGACACUGCUGCUGAACGACAACAGUCUCGCGGAGGUGGACGGAUUGGACGGGUUCGAACGGUUCUUCGACCUGCAGAAGCUGGAGCUGGCCGGAAACCGGUGGAGCUGUGGAUGGCUUCAGCAUGCGCUGGAAAAGGUCACCAUCCGGCAAUCGUUGGCCGACUCCGACGGCACCCUGCUGGACAAGUCAACCGAUGGUGCCGACUGUUCGAUCGAGAAGGUGCAUGGUAUCUGCUGUAGCUUCACCACGGACGCAGACGACACCGAUGGAGGCAACGGCAGUGACGCCUCGACGGCCCCUGACGCCACGAAACCGGUGGUGGAUGCUUUCCUGCCCGUGCUAAACCGUGUGCGGGAAGCGAUCGUCCAGCUCGAUCAGCGCCAUGAAGCAGUUCGGGUGGCGCAAAGUGAGCUGUUGAAGAAGCUCAACGACACACUCCAGCACUGUGUGGAGGAGUAUAUGAAGUUUCUAGAAGAGCAAGAGGACGAGUCGGAACGUGCUCAUGCGCAAGCGGCACGAGUGUUGCAGAAGGUGAACAAACUGGAGGGCGCGGUAAAGCGGAUGGAUUCGGAAACGGAGACAGUGAGAAUGAAGGAGCAGGAACGCAAACGCUUGCUACACUUCAUGGUGGACAUGAAGAACAAGCUGCUCCGUCAGGCGAUCGAGACGGACAGUCUUUGGGUGCAGGCAAAUGCCGAAAAGAUCGAUUAUGCACGUCGAUUGGAGGUGGGGUCCGAACCGUCUGCCAAGUGAGAACACAACGCCCCAUAUUUCUGUAAUAAACUGCUCGAAAGGUA